GGAGGGGCGGUCCUUCCUCCGGCCGCGGUGAGAGCUAGUAAAUGGUGAAGUACUUCCCGGCCAGGGGGCACCUGGGGCCGUGCGAUCUCGGUGGCGUGGAGUCGGAGAGGGUCCCGACCUGCGGUGAACCCAGCCUCGCGUGCGGAGUGCUGCCUUCAGGUCUGGCGGGCGGCAAGGAAAACGCAGUGGCGCCCGUGUAGGCGAGGCACGGCCGGGGGUGGCUCCCUGACGGGUCCUGCGGCCCAGGACCUGGGAACAGAACGCCGGGGAGCCCUUGCCACCUCCCUUCCUUUACCCACGUGCCGUCCCGUCCCGGGCCGGAGCGGGGAGUUGGGGCGCACCAAGUCCUCAACCCCCAUUUCAGUCUAGAUCUUGCAGUUUACACCUUCAUGUGAGGUGAUUCCUAAGCAGCCAGGACCCCGAGGCUGUAAGAGGGCCGCAGGAAAUGGACUGCAGUGUAAAAUCCAGAAGCAGAACUUGAACGUUUAACCACUGACCCAUUUCACAGAUUGGCAAAAAAUAUAUGUUUUGGUGUGGAGCAGAAGUUGAGUAAUUAGUGUGUGUGCCAUGAGAUGUAACAGGUUGAAAAUCAACUGAUCUAGACCAACACGAGAAUGUUUUAUGCAUUUAUGAACCAAAAGAUGGAGUUGGUUUUUAUUUUUAUAAAGGUAUUGUCAGUGAUCUGAUACAACUAUAAAUAUUUGAUUGAAGAUUCGUGGACAUGUCAUUAUGUUGGACUAGUCAUUUCUGAAAGUUUCUUCAACAAAAAUUUCUAUUUGAACAUUCAAGUAUCAAAGAAUUCUGGGUUUAGAAUGGCACAAUGAUGUAUUUUCUCUGAGGACUGCAAAUUUCAUAGAGACCACAGUUGGAUUCCAGUUACAUUCUCCAAUCAAAGUGAUUCAAUCCUUUGAUAAAGUUAAUUUUGAAGAGUUUUAUCUUUAUAAACGACGCCAAAAGAUGGGAGAAAAAAAUGGGGAUGCAAAAAAUUUCUGGAUGGAACUGGAGGAUGAUGGAAAAGUGGACAUCAUAUUUGAGCAAGUGCAAAAUGUGCUGCUGUCACUGAAGCAGAAGAUCAAAGAUGGGUCUGCCACAAAUAAAGAGUACAUUCAAGCAAUGAUUCUAGUGAAUGAAGCAACUAUAAAUAACAAUUUAACAUUGAUAAAAGAUCAUAAAUCUUUGACCGAGAAUGAACAGGAAAACAAAUCAGGUUCAUUGCCAUCUACAUCAUAUGAAGACUUUGUUCCAGAAGACAGUACAGUUCUACCUAUAAAAAAUGAGGAAUUUCCCCCUCUGGAAAAUAAAGCUGCAGACUUUAGAGAAAAAGAAUCAUCUUUGAAUUUAUCUUACAAAAGUCAUGACUGCUCUGGUACCUGUCUGAUGAAAAUGCUACCAACCUUCAAGGGAGAAAACCCUCUGCAGCUACCAAUUACGUGCCACUUCCAAAGACGACAUGCAAAGACAAACUCUCAUUCUUCAGCGCUCCACGUGAGUUAUAAAACCCCUUGUGGAAGGAGUCUACGAAACAUGGAGGAAGUUUUUCGUUACCUGCUUGAGACAGAGUGUAACUUUUUAUUUACAGAUAACUUUUCUUUUAAUACCUAUGUUCAGUUGACUCGGAAUUACCCAAAGCAAGAAGAAAUUGUUUCUGUUCUGGAUAUUAGCAAUGGAGUGGAAUUGGUGCCCAUUUCUUUCUGUAAUGAAAUUGACAGUAGAAAGCUUCCACACUUUAAGUACAGAAAGACUAUGUGGCCACGAGCAUAUUAUCUAAACAGCUUUUCCAACAUGUUUACUGAUUCAUGUGACUGUUCUGAGGGCUGCAUAGACAUAACAAAAUGUGCAUGUCUUCAAAUGACAGCAAGGAAUGCUGAGAUUUACUCCUUGUCAAGAGAUAAAACAGCCGUUGGAUAUAAAUAUAAAAGACUACAGAGACAUAUACCUACUGGCAUUUAUGAAUGCAGCCUGUUGUGCAAGUGUAAUCGACAAAUGUGUCAAAAUCGAGUAGUUCAGCAUGGACUUCAAGUGAGGCUACAGGUGUUCAAAACUGAGAAGAAGGGAUGGGGAGUACGCUGCCUAGAUGACAUUGACAGAGGGACAUUUGUUUGCACUUACUCAGGAAGAUUUCUAAGUAGAUCUAACACUGAGAAACGUGAUACUAUUGGAGAAAAUAGAGAAGAAGACAAUAUUAUGAAAAAUACGUUUUCAAAAAAGAGGAAAAUAGAAGUUGCAGAUUGUGAAGUUGAAGCUAUCCCUUUAAAAUUGGAAACAUGUCCUAGAAGUGCUAAGAGUGAAGAAUGUCUACCUAAGUUCAAUAAUAAUCCAGAAGAGCCUGUUACAGAAAUGAAAUAUAACAAUAUUUCAAGAAUUCAGUGUCAUUCAGUCAUUAGAACUCCAGAAGCCAAGAUAGCCAUUGUUGAACCUGAUGGGAAAAAGAUGGGAUUUGCUUCCUCAGAAUCUGUCACCUUUGAAGAUAAUGAUGGAUUUAAACCAACCCAAGUACAUCUGAACUCUAAAGCCAAAGAGAUGAAAACGGACUCAAGUUCAAAUCAAGUUGAAGAUUCUGAAGACAAUUUGCUGAUUGAAUCAGAUGUGAUAGAUAUAACUAAAGGUAGAGAAGAAACUUCACCAGGGGGCAUAUGUAACCAAGCAACCACAUUGGAUAAUCAGAAUAUUAUGAAGAAGUUUGAGGUUCAAAUACUAAAGCCCCAAGAGGAAAACUCUCCAGCAUGUCAAAACCAUUAUGUCUUUUGUAAUAAAGAGUUGCCAGGUGAAACCAAGAAUAAUACUUCAUGUGAAUCUCUCAAGUUCAGUAAAGGAAGUGUGUUUUUAUUGGAUGCCACAAAGGAAGGAAAUGUGGGCCGCUUUCUUAAUCAUAGUUGUUGCCCAAAUCUUUUGGUACAGAAUGUUUUUGUAGAAACACAUGACAGGAAUUUUCCAUUGGUGGCAUUCUUCACCAACAGGUAUGUGAAAGCAAGAACAGAAUUAACAUGGGAUUAUGGUUAUGAACCUGGAACUGUGCCAGAUAAAGAAAUCCUCUGCCAAUGUGGGGUUAAUAAGUGCAGGAAAAAAAUAUUAUAAAUGUUGGAGCUAAUGCCUGUUCAUGAAAUUAGCUUUUCAAGCUGAAAUUAGAGCCAUAGAAAAGAAUGCUCAGUUGUCAGUGGAAUUUAGUUUUUGAUUCAUGAAGAGAAUUCCUCAGUCUGCUCUUGUCAGGGAGUUCAUUUGUGUGACUUAGAAAUGCUAGGAACAAAAUAAGGACAGUUUCAUACACAUAGGGUAUCUCUUGAUUCUUGCCGUUAUUCAACUUUACAUGAGUAAGAUGGAAGUGUGUCUUUUCUAUGAAAUACUGCUAUAUAACUUGUAAUUUAUUUGUAAGCUAUAUAUUAAGAGAAACAAAUGUUACAAUAUAAUUGUUGUUCUUGUGUUUUUUUAUUAUUGUCUUUGAGUUCAUGGAUCCAAAUGGCCACAUUUCAUGACUUUACCUACAAAAUUUAUUUAUGUUUAAUUCCUGGCAAUAGCGUGAGGAAUAUAGCUCCACAAAGUACUGUCGAAUUAAACCACUUGAGUGAGAAAGGGUGAGAAGCCCUUCAAUAGAGAAGAGUUCGGCAAACUCUUUGAGGUGAAACUGCUUUCCAAUAGAUUCUCGUUGUUCCUUUAAUACAAACACAGACAGGAAAAGAGGGAAUAGAAACCUAGAGAAAUUGGAAGAUAUUUGUUCUAGAUUGAGCCAUAAGAAAAAGAAAACAGGAAAUUAGUCAGAGUUGGCUUAUUUAGACUAGAAGAGAUUGUGCUGGGCAAGAGUUUCAUGUAAAAAACAAAACAAAACAGAACUGAGCUUCAAGUUUGAAACAUCCUUUUGCAUUCUCCUGAGCAUGUUGUGCAAAUUGGUUUUCUAGAGAAAAAGGGAAGGUUACCUAGCGAUGACCUAGUGGAAAGGGGGCUGGAAAUCUCCAAUAGUCAAAACUAAUUUAUCCUUAACAAAGAUGUACUGUACUGUAUAUUCAGCUGUCAGGAACUUACCCCCUUGAAACCAGGAUGGGAAUACUAGCUCAAAAAGGAGUAAUUAAAAGAUCUCAUUUUUGAGAGAUCAUGUUGUUUUUUGGGUUUUCUUUUUUUUCUGAACUUGAGGGGUUUAGUUUGGUUACCUUUCAAAGUUCAUUCUAAGUUUAGACCCAAUUUAAUUUCUUUAAAAUACUGAACUAGGUGAAAAUUUAACUUGAAAUUGUUUUAGAGCAUGGGGAACCAAAGAACGAGGAAGAAAGCAAAAAAUUAUAACUCAACAGCCUGUAGAUUGAUGAGAAAAGUUGAGCAGUCCAUUUAUUCACAGUAAAGAUAGCAGGAAUUUUAGGCAUUGCACUAAAAUGAAGUGAAGACACUUGAUCAGCAUGGGAAAUAUUUUUGUGUAGAAAUCCUGGUAUCUUAAUCUGCUUCAGUCUGUGUUGGUUUACAGCUAUCAUCUUCCAUCAGUGUCCUAGAGACCCCCUUUUUCUCUCCUGUGUCAAAUCUGUUUCCAGUUAUAUCCAUUAUUUCCCGUUUCCUUGGUUUACUUCCACAUAUUGGUGAAGCACAUCCUUCAAUACCUUUUGAAAAGGAAAAAAGAGAGGUAAAUAUUUUGAGACUUUGCAUGUUUGAAAAUAUUGUACCACUACACUUGUUUGCUAUUUUGACAAGGUAUAGAAUUCUUGAGUAGCCUUUAUUCCCAAUUUUGAAGGCAUCUGCUAAACUUUCAGUGUUGCUGCUGGGAAGUUUGAAGACAUUCUUGCUUUGAUAUCCAGGGUGACUAUUGGAUGUCAGAUGCCAUUCUGUUCUUUUUGUAUAUACAACCCGUUUUUAUCUCUCUAGAAGCUUAUAGUAUUACUUUGUCCAAUGUUCUAUUCCUGGUAAGGGUUCAUUUUCAUCCCUUAUAUGGGGUGCUUGGUGGGGUCUUUCAAACAUUGUCCUUCAGGGAAAUAUUUUCUUUAAUGACUGCUCAUCUGUUCUCUCAUUCUAGAAUUCCUGUUACCCAGAUAGUAGACCUCCAGGAUUGGUUCUCUUAUUUUCUUAUCUUUUCUCUUAAUUUCCAGCUCUUGUCUUCUAGCUCUACUUUCUAGAAGACUUCAUCAACUUAAUUUUCUAAUUAGUAUAAUAUGUUUUAUUUUUCUGGUCUCAGAUUUUUUAUUUCUAGGGCUCUUUUUUCUUCCCUGAAUGUUCUUUAAUAGUAUCUUUUUUUGGUUCUUGGUUGUAGUAUAUCUUUGAACACAUACAUUUAUAUUUUCUUCAUGCAUAUUUUUGUGACCGCUAAGUUUCAUUUAUUUGUUUUCCCUAUAUGUUUCCUUUGGCCUUUGUUUUUUUGUGUGUGUUACAGGCUUUCCUCAGUGAUGAUAGGGUCUACUACUGCUUAAGAGUAGAACACUAAAAUGCUAGAAUGAUAAACUGAGAGUGGUGGAAGGUGUUUUUCAAAUGCUUCACAAUGACUUAGCUAGCUAAAUUAUUCAGUCUCUAAUUCAGUUUCUUUAGGACUUCCUGUUUGCCUGGCAAGGAAUAAAGGCCUAAUUCUGAGAUAUUACAGUUUGGUAAUAUACCGUAAUGAAGCGAGUAUCAUAGUAAAGCAAGUGGUAAUCUUUUUGCUGAUGGAAGGUCUUGCCUUCAAUUUGUAAAAAAAAAAAAAAAAAAAAAAAAAAAAAACCCACAAAACUCAACACCUGUAAAGUGCAAUAAAGCUAAGCGCAAUAAAAUGGGUUGUGCUUGUAAUUCUUCUAUUCACCUGCUUGAGUUGCAAUAAACUUGGCUGUAGGAGUCCCUCCCUUUUUUUCUCCUGUUUUGCAGCCCCAUGCUCUUCUGCAAUCUAUUUAUGUAUUUGUCAAGACUAUCCAGCUUAUCGUUUUUAAUAUUCUCUUUUCUGCUGUCCCCAACUUGCCUCUUUUCCUCUUUAAAGUUUGCUCACAUUGUAAGAUCUCCAGAAGUUUUCUUUUAAUUCCUCAGCAAUUCACCUUAUGUGCUUCUUUUCCAGAACAACUUACUUCAACUGUAUGUUCUCUACCGGUAUAUUUGUUAACAUGCACUGAAAACCUCCUCUUGUACGGUGCUGUGUACCCCAUGGGUGCUAAAUAAAGGCUUGCAACUGGUAACUGCA